UAAAGAGGUGAUACAAGGUGAAAAGCCAGCCGCUUUGAGGGCCAACUCAAGUUUUAAUGAUCACCUCACCUGUUACCGACUACAUGUAUAUAAGGACGCCCCUCAAUGUGCACCUGCACUUGGCUGUAGGACUCGAACUUAGACGCACAUUUAAGGUCGAUAUGGCUCGAUUCCUCCUCGCAACCUGUGUUCUCGCCGUGUGCCUGGCAUACACCAUCGCUAUGGGACAUGGAGGUGAUGCCGCGCCUGGUGGUGGUGGUGGUGACUGCGCAUCCAGUCAAUCAUGCCCCAAACCUGGGGGUGGAUGUGUAGAACUUGGAGGAACCUUUGAACUCAACGCCUGCACCACACUGACAUGCUCCGUGGAGGGUAACGUCUACGGGCUCCGUGGACCGACCAAAUGUGCCCAUGGAGAGGACUGUUUCGAAGGAGGUGCCAAGAAAACCUUUGGGAACUGUGGGUAUACGUGCUCAGUGUCUGGCACCAUUGGUUUCACCAAAGAUGACCCAGCUUGUGAAUAGACCAUAUGUACGUGUUGCACGACCAGACAGUGACGAAGUCAUUGUGACGUUACUCCGAUAGAUCGUGGAACUCAGCAAUAAAUCUAAAACACAUA